AUGGCAACAAACGGCAACACAAACCACCAGGAGCAAUGGCGGGAGUCUGGCGGCGCCCCCUCCGACGCCCCCUCUACUUCUAACGCCGCCGACAGCACCCCAUCAAAGGAUGAGGUUGGCUGGUACUUCGUCCAACAAUACUACACCACCCUGAGCAAGAACCCAGACAAGCUUCACCUCUUUUACAACAAGCGGUCCCAAUUCGUCCAAGGUCUCGAGGCUGAGCUCUCUCCCGUCGCAGUCGGCCGACAGGCUAUCUCGGAGCGCAUCAAGGAGCUUGACUUCCACGACUGCAAGGUCCGAGUUUCCAACGUCGACUCUCAAGCCUCAUACGACAACAUCGUUAUCCAGGUCAUCGGUGAGAUCUGCAACAAGUCCGGCGAGCCCAAGAAGUUUGUCCAGACUUUUGUGCUCGCUCAGCAACCCGCCGGAUACUUCCUGCUCAACGACAUCCUUCGAUAUGUGAACGAGGGAGAGGAGGAGGCUACCGAGGGUGCUGUCUCCGAGUCCGCCCCUGCUGUCGAGAUGGAAGCCCCCCAGGAGCCUGCUGCUGUUACCGAAUCAGCUGCUGCUGCUGCCGCCGCACCAGAGCCCGAGAAGGCCCAAGUGGAGCAGCCUGCUGAGCCCAGCCACGCCACCCUCGAUGCUGAGGUCGUUGACAAGAAGCUCGAGGAAGCCAGCUCCACUGCCAAGGACACUCCUUCCACUACCGCGGCCGAGACCCCUGUCGAGGCUGCUCCAGCCGUCGAGGAGGCUCCCGCCAAGACUGAGGAGGCUCAGACCAGUGCGGACCCCGAGAAGACAGCGCAAGAGAUCGCCGAAGAGGAAGCGAAGAAGCCAGAGCUCCCUAAGGACCCGAGCCCCACGCCGGCCCCAGCGCGUGCCCCAGCCCCAGAGCCGGAGAAGCCCAAGGGACCUCCCAAGCCCAUGUCCUGGGCUAGCCGCGCUGCCGCCGCCGUCGGAGUCCCCGUCAAGCCUGUCGUCCCGCUCCCCAAAGCAGCCCCUGCCGCUGCCGCGCCCGCCCAGCAGCGAUCUGCUGCUGCUGCUCCUCCGGCCCAGCCCAAGGCCAGUGCUGCUCCUGCCCAGGCCAGCGAGAACACAGCUCAGCCCGCCGACAAGGAUGCUGCUAGUGAGUGGCGGACCGCAGGCGCCGACUCCAAGAGACAGAGCCGACAGCAAUCUACCUCUACCCCUCCCGCCGAAAAGGAAGGCACGCUGGCCUAUGUCAAGUUCGUGACGGAGAAGGUGAAGGAGGAUGACCUGAGGGCUGCUCUUGGCAGCUACGGCGAGAUGGUCUACUUCGAUAUCAACCGCUCCAAGAACUGUGCAUUCGUCGAGUACUCUGCCGCGGGUGGCUAUCAGGCCGCCAUUGGCGCGAGCCCGAUCACCGUGAACGGCGAGAACAUUGUCGUCGAGCCCCGUCGUCCCAAGGCCGGUGCCUACGGUGGCGCCAACUACAACCAGAACCGGGGCAGCAUCUCCGGACGCGGACGCGGCUUUGAGGGCCAGCGAUCUGGCAGCCAGGGAGGCGGACGUGGUGGGUACCCCUCUCGGGGCCGAGGCGGCGCUGCCCGUGGGCGUGGCGGCCCCCAAGCCACCAACGCGUGA